UGUUAUAUGUUGAUAAUGGUGACUGUAAAAAGGAUAAAUGACUUAAAAUUAAUACAACUCGUGAAAGAACAUGAACUACUAUACAAUUCUUCUGCUGAGAAUUAUAGAUCUAACGUCGCACGAAAUAAUGUAUGGCAAGAAAUUGCGAGGAUUAUGGGAUUAUCAACUGCACGAUGUAAAAGGAGAUGGAUUAUUAUAAAAGAUCAGUAUUUAAGAUUUCUACGGUGGAAGCCAACAGUAAAAAAAAAAUUGCCUCCAAAACCAUAUCAGUACCAAUCUGAAAUGGAAUUCUUAAAGCCAUAUUUGAAGCAAGCAACAUUAUAUGGAUGGUUACCGGAAUUUUAUACUCAGGAUGUGCGAAGAUCGCCCCGUAUUUCAGAUACGAUAAUAGAAAAUACCAAUUUAAAUGACACCAAUGAUGGAAAAUUAAGGUCUGAAUCGAUGUCUGUAAUCACUAUACCAUCGGAUUCUCUUCCAACUCAACAACUUUCAAAUUCAAAUUCAAAGAACGCAUAUGAGAAACCUCGUAUAAUCGGAUCUUCAUCUUUUGUAAUGGAAUAUGCAAAUGAUAAACAAUAUGAAACUCGUGAUGUUCUAAUGAAAUAUUUCGAAACUAUAGCUGAAACAGUUCGAGAAUUUCCACUAACGUUACAAGUGAAAGUAAAAUCAGAAGUAUCAAAGAUAGUUCAUCAAGCUGAAAUGGAAUAUAUUCAUCAAAUUCAACUACAACCAUAUGGACAAUUGAUAAACAGUUUUUCAGAACCCGAGCAAAUGCCUUUUAAUAACGUUAUGAAUUCGCAAUACACAGUCGCAUAUACUUUACCAAAAAUUGAACAUCUCGGAUAAAGAUCGUCGCUAAAUGUUUUAUUGAAAUGGUGAGUCUAUAAUAAAUUGAAAAGAUUCACAAUCUUCAUCAACAAUUUGCGUUUCUUGACAAAUUUGGAAUUGCAAUUAUAUAUCGUUGGUAUUAUAUAAUAUUAUAUAAUAUAUAUAUAUAGCAUUUUGAAAGCAUUUAUUUAAUAAGUAAUAGCGUGUUAAACAGAAAUUGAAGUUCUGGGAUUCUUGUGAUGAGGAGAAACAUAGGACAAGAUAUUAGAAUUUAAAUUUUAAUAUUGGACGUAAUAUAUAAGUAAAAUCACUGAGGCCUAAUUAUAUAUAAAUAUAAUGAUCAAGAUUAGAUAUAGAUUAGGAAUUUA